CGUCCUCCUCCCUGUGCCUCCUCCUUCUCCUCGCCCACCCUCCCCACUUUCUAAUUGGUUUUAUUACCAUUUCCUUUCACUUUUUCCCCCGACUAGUCUGGUUGGGAAAAACAGCUCUCAGCGGGUUUUCUGCACUUCAUCUGUGUCUCCGCCAUGGUGUCACUCAGGUUUUCAACACUGCACAUCCUUCUUCUUCUGCAAAUCCACUACUCAGGACAGUUGGAAGACAACAAGAUCCCCCCCAGUCUGUGUACGGGUCACCCUGGCAUCCCAGGAUCGCCUGGAGGUCACGGCAGUCCGGGUCAGCCGGGCAGAGACGGGAGAGAUGGGAGAGAUGCUGCUCCGGGGGAGAAGGGACAAAAAGGGGACAGAGGAGAACCAGGAGAAACAGGACUGAGAGGUUUGACUGGGGACCGAGGGGACAUGGGAGAGAAGGGCGAGCAGGGCCACCCAGGUGAGUGUGCUGUCGCCCCCAAAUCAGCCUUCAGUGCAAAGCUGUCUGAAGGCCACAGUCUGCCCCUGACUGCGGGCGACACUGUCCGCUUCGGUAAGAUCGUCCUUAAUGAGCAAGGCGACUACAACUCAGAAACAGGACGCUUCACCUGCAAAAUCCCCGGCGUCUACUACUUCACCGUGCACGCCACAGUGUAUCGCGCCAGCCUCCAAUUUGACCUGAUGAAAAACGGCCACGCUGUGGCUUCCUACUUCCAGUUCUUUGGCAACUGGCCCAAACCGGCAUCUCUGUCGGGGGGCUCGCUGCUGCACCUGGUUCCUGGUGACCAGGUGUGGGUCCACAUGGCUCUGGGAGAGUACAAUGGAUUUUACUCCAGCACGAAGACAGACAGCACCUUCACUGGCUUCCUGGUGUACUCAGACUGGAAAAACUCUGCUGUGUUUGCAUAACAUGUGCUUAUGAAUAAACAAAGGUCCAUUUCUAGAGCCGCCGUUGCUUUUGAUCUGAUUUAGAGAUUUCCUGUGACGCAGCAGACAUCCGUGUUUGUGUCUCACGGCUUAAACGGGUGUGACGUGCACAGAACAGCUGGUUCUCUUUUAAUUCUUCUAACAGAUGUGGCGUCACUGACCUCCAAACAACUCAAAUGCCUCUGCAGCGUCUUCACCUCUUCCAAGAGGUUAUAUUUUCACCCUUUGUCAGCGGUUUAUCUGCAGAAGCCAACAAACCAAUGUCAGUUUGGAGGAGAACAGACAUUUAGAUGAGAUCUGGAUUAUUUGAUCUAAAACUUGUAAAAAUAACAAUUUGUGGUCAAUUUAUUGAAAUCCAGUCAUAACUAUUUGACAUAUGCUGCUGACAAAGAAGUGAAACAUAACCUCCUGGACAUCUGUUCAGAAUUUUUUGUAACAGGUCUGAUAUUUAAACUGAUCCCAGGUCAGUUAAUUAUCUGUAAAACCCGUAAGAGCGGAACCCAGCUCAUUUUAUAAUUGCAGUUAAGUGCAAAUGUCUUAGUCCCCCCGGGGAAUUUAUGUAUUUUUCAAUGAUAUCAAGUGAAAAUAAAGAGGGGAGAGUGAAGCAA